AUGACGAUCGAGCAGCUGCUGACGAUGCCGGCGAUCGAGCGAGUGCUGACUCAGCUGAGCUCGAAUCUGUCAAAGGAUUAUGGGGAAGACCUGGGGGCGGAGAGGGACGACGAGGCCAGCAGCACCAGCAGCGAGAGCAAGGAGGAAGAGGAGGGGGGCGGCGGCAGCGGCGCGCUCGGCGGCGGCAGGGGCAGCGGCGGUGGCGGCUUCUGGGGCAGGGGCAGCGGCGCCGGCAGGGGCAGCGCGGGCGGAAGGGGCAGCGGGGGCGCCGGCAGCCCGGCGAGGGACCCGUUUUACGCGGCGGCAGUCGCGGCUGCGCGCCUGAAGCGCUUCGCCCGCAGCGUCGCCGGCGCGCCCACCGCCGCCGGGCCUGCAGCGGGGUCCGACGCGGCCGCGGACCAGCCCGGCGCGGCGUCGGGCGACGCCGCAGCAGCUGCACCGGCGGCCGCGCUAGCGCCGGACGGGCCAAGCCCGGCGCCGAGGGCGGAUGUGAUCGCAUCGAUGACGUCCAGCACUUCGGGUUACACGACAGACUCGUCCCUGUCGCGCAUCAUCAGCCCCUUCAGCUUCCUCUCCGACUCCCUCCCAAACCUCGACGCCGCCGGCGGCGACGACGGAGGCGACGAGAGCUCGGCGGGGCCGGACAGCGGCGGCGAGGGCGCGGACAGCGAUGUGGAGCUUGCUGAGGGUGGGGACAAGCCGAGCGAGAUGCCCGACCUGUCGCGCCAGGCGAGCGAGAAGCUGGCGCGGCGGGCGCGGUUCGCGCGGUCCAAGAGCAGCAGCUUCCUCGCGUCUAAGAGGUUCCGGCGGGGGCUGAGCAUCCUCGGCAGCGGCAACUUUGGAGGAGGACCCAGGGCGGCCCCUGCCGGCGCCGGCCGGCUGCCGCAUUUGGUCGCGGCUGGCCGCGAGACGCGUCAGCAGCGGCGGCAGGCGCACAUCGCCGCGCAAAAUCACAACCGGCGGCAGCGCGGCGGCGCGCCGCUGCCGCUCACGGACGGCACGAGCGUCGCGGCGCGGCAGCCUGUGAGCCUCAAGGACGCGGGGCGGGCGCGCUCUGCGCCCCUCAAGAACGGCGGCCUGGCGCCCAACACCAACUGGCUGGCGCUGCCGGCCCUGGCGAAGGCCAACGUGCGCGCGGCCGAGGACGUGUCUGUCGGCGGCGUGCCCUGGUCGGUCUACAGCGGGCUGGUGCGGCGCUCCCUGCCGGCCGCGCUGCUGCUGGCGCUGGCGGCGCUGAUCGUGAGCCCGCUGGUGGGGCUCAUGGCGAACUUCCUGCUGGCCAAGUGGGUGACUGAGGACCCCUCAGGCAUCAUCGUGACCCUGGCCUUUGGCCACCAGUACCUCUCCACCUCCUGGCGCCCCCACUGGGUCGUGCGCUACGGCGGCCUCACCCUCAUCUCCGUCACCACCUGCCUCCUCGGCUUCGUCCUCGCGUUCGCCGCCCUCACGCACGGCGCCGGCGCCGCGCACGACGCGGCGCUGCGCGGCGUGCUGCGGGCGCCACUGUCGUUCUUCGCGUCCAACGCCGCCGGGUCGAUCCUCAACAGAUUCUCGGGAGAUCAAAAGGCACUCGACGACGAUCUGCCGGAGACCCUGGUGGAUCUCUGGGCGGGGUUCAUGACCCAGGCGGCCAGCUUUGCUCUGGCCAUCGUCGCAUUCCCGCCGAUCGCCGCGGCGAUCGCGCCCGCGCUCGCGCUGCUGUGGUGGCUGCGCACGAUGUACGUGCGCGCGAGCGCGCAGGCGCAGCGGCAGGAGGCGGCGGCGCGGUCGCCGGUGAUGGUGCGGAUGCGGGCGAUGGUCGAGGGCCUGAUGACGAUCCGCUCGUUCGGCCCGGGGGUGCGGCAGCGCGUGCAGGACGGCAUCCUGGAGUCUCUGGCCGAGGCGCUAGAGUGGUCCCUGGCCACGCGCGGCCUGCAGCGGUGGCUGGGGGUGCGGCUGGAGGCGCUCGUGCUGGUGGUGACGGCGGUGAUGUCGUUCGCGUCAAUGGGGCUCAUCGCCAAGGUUGCACCGACCACGCUGGGUCUGGCGCUGACCAAGCUCACCAGCACGCUGGGCGCGCUGAGCUGGGUCAUCCGGCAGAGCGCUGAGCUUGAGAACGCCAUGACCAGCGUGGAGCGCCUCUGCGCCUACGGCCGUGUGCGCCCAGAGGAGGAGGAGGUGGACGGCCCCCCCGCCCUUGGCGGCAAGGGGCCCGGCGGCAGCCUCGAGCUCGGCAAGGGCGGCGGCAAGGGCGGCGGCAAGGGCGGCGGUGGGGGCAGUUUGAAGCUCAGCGGCAGCCUGAAGAUCAGCGGGAGCGUCCAGAUCGCCAUCGGCGGCAAGGGGCUGCUGCGGCUGGUCCGCAGCGGCAGCGUCAAGUCUGCGGCCCCGACGCCGCCGGAGGGGUGGCCGAGCAGCGGGGCGGUGGAGUUUGAGGGGGUGGUCGUGCGCUACCGGCCGGGGCUGCGGCCGGUGCUGGCGGGCGUGAGCUUCAAGCUUGAGCCGGGGCAGAUGAUGGGCGUGGUGAGCUGCGCCAGCCGGGAGGGCAGGCGAGCCCUACGCCGCAAUGGUUAG